AUCCUCAAGAAUUAGAAGAAGAUGGAGGAAAUAAAGAAUCAAGAAUUGGAAGAAGAAGCAGAAUUAGGAUCAAGAAUGGAGAAAGUAUAUAUUGCUGUAGGAAACGAUGUACAAGAAGGUCACAAGACGAUUCAUUGGGCUUUAAAGAAAUGGAACAACAUACCUAUCUCCAUUGUUCUUCUUCAUCUCUGCAACAUUUCUCAAGAUUUUGUUUACACCCCUUUUGGGAAGCUUCCAGCGAGUUCUGUGAGUGAGGAAAAGCUUCAAGUUCUAAGGAAAUACGAGGAACAAAAGAUCGACAAGUUGUUGUCCAAAUACAUUACUUUUUGUGGAAAGUUACAGGUGAAAGCAGAGUUGCUCAAAGUUGAGAAGCAAGAUGACUCAAUUCAAGUGUUGAUCUUAGAUUUAAUCUCAAAGCUUAGAAUCACAAAACUCGUCAUGGGAAUCACUUUCAUGAGAUCUUCAUCAUCUUGGAAAUCGAAGAGUGCGAUAAGCGGAUCGUUCUAUGUUUAUCAAAACAAACCAGAGUUUUGCGAAUUAUAUAUAAUUUGUGGAGGCAAAAUGGUUUCACUAAAGAGAGAGAAUGAUGUGAACAACAAUAGCAAUAUCAGAAGCUGGAUUGGUAAGAUGUUCCAUGAUCCGGGAAGAAAUCUAGACCGUUCAUCUGGCAACAGUGAUGAUCCAACGGCUAGUGGAAGUUCAUGGGAUAAGAAUUUACACGAGAUAGAGAUUUAUUUCGAGCAGUUAUUGAGUUUGAAUCUUGAAGAAGAAGUAAACGAAAGCGUUGUUGAAGAAGAACAAGAGGAAGAUGAUGAUGAUGUGGCAUUAAACGUGCUGCAACAUAUGAAUGUAGCAGAGAAGUUAGAGUAUGUGAGAAGAAAGGUUAAUGAAGCUAAGCUGAUGAUAGAUGAGAAAAGAAUAGAAGUCAAAGUCAACGCUGAAAGAUCAGACAAAGCUGAAUGGGCAAUCUCUUUAUGCAAUAGCAGAAUUGGAGAGCUUGAAGCUUGGAUUAAAGAAGAAAGUGAGAGACGAGAGAAGCUUCAAGGGACGUUAGAUUCGAAUAAAGAAUGUAUCGAAGAAGCGAAGAACUAUGUCGAAAAAGGGAAAACAAAGCUUAAUUCACUUGCAGAGCUUCAAGAAGAGCUCUCAAGUAAAGUUAAGACAAUGAUGGAGGCUAAAUCGCAGGCGGAGGUCGAGCUUGAGAGGGUUGUGUUACAGAGAGGAGAGAUGGUAAUGGAGAUUGAGAAACUUAGGAAUCAAAGAGAUGUUUUCAAUCGUAGGAUUGAGUUUUGCAGGGAGAAAGAGGUGACAGGUUUGGUUUCGAAGGAAGAAGUGAAGUGCGGGUAUAGAGAGUAUGUUGCAGAGGAUAUCAGACUGGCAACAGAGAGUUAUUCUGAUCGAUUGAGGUUGAAAUCUGGUGGUAAUUGGACAAAUGUGUACCGAGGAAGGAUCGAACAUACAACUGUGGCUGUGAAAGUGAUUGGUGAUUGUUUAUCAGAUGAGGAUUUUGGAGCUAAAGUUAAGCUUUUGAAUGAGAUUAGGCAUCCUAAUUUGGUAGCAAUUGCUGGGUUUUGUUCACAAAGGCCUAAAUGUUUACUCUUUGAGUACAUGCAUAAUGGGAACUUAAGGGAUAAUCUAUUCACAUCGCAGAGGAAAUCGAGAAGAAGCAAGAUACUGAUAUGGCAUGAUAGGAUUCGUAUAGCUCACCAGGUUUGCUCUGGUCUCGGGUUUCUCCAUUCAGUUAAGCCUAAACCGAUUGUCCAUGGUCGCCUUACGCCGUCUAAGAUCCUCUUGGACCGUAACCUUGUUCCGAAAAUAACCGGGUUUGGACUUAUAAUGCAUAGCGAUCAAUCUGAUACGAAACCUGAUGUGAUGGCUUUUGGGGUUUUGCUUCUGCAUCUUUUAACCGGGAGGAACUGGCCUGGUUUGCUCAAGGCAAUGUCUAUGAACCAGACAAGCAUUCUCAGGGAUUUGGAUCAAACAGCUGGUAAGUGGCCACUCGAGUUAGCUAAAGAGUUUGGUGCGCUUGCAGUGAAGUGUUCUUCAGUUAACAGAGGAGGGAACACAGAUUUUUCAACCAAAGAGAUAAUGGAAGAGCUUGGUAAGAUAAGGGAAAAAGCCGAUGAGUUUAAAACCACAGGAGGGUACGAGGAAGCAACCAAUUCAAACAUCAAUGAAGGAGAUCCGAAUGACAUACCAAGUGUUUUCAUGUGUCCAAUACUUCAGGAAGUGAUGAAGAAUCCACAUGUUGCAGCAGAUGGGUUUUCAUAUGAGCUUGAGGCCAUAGAGGAAUGGCUAAGCAUGGGACAUGACACAUCUCCAAUGACAAAUCUGAGACUCGAUUACCAGAUGCUUACACCAAAUCAUACCCUUCGUUCUCUGAUUCAAGACUGGCAUAGCAAGAGAGCAGCACAAGCUUCCUCCUAAAUUAUUUUGUAUAACCUCGAGAAUUGGCAAAAACACAGACCUCAAAAGGUUUCUAAUUAUAUAUUUUUGAUUAUCUUAAGCAAUAAAAUCCAAAGAUAUUG